UCAUCAAACGGCCCUCAUUGGCAAUGCAGAGCCCCCCCCAUCUGGUUUUGACCAUCUCUCACUGGUAGUGGUAGUCGGGCUUGCUUUGCUUGUGCGCGGUUUGGCGUAUUUACGGUUUUCGCAGUGUCAGAGCGGCUUACUGGACUGAGCUGCAGGCUAGAUCAGUUGGGUUUGAAGAGAGUGAGAAAGCAUUUGAGUAUCACUAGUUCAUUGAGCUUCACAACUUGCUUUGGUUAAAGGGCACUAUUCAAGUUUUGUUAGUAAAGAAAUUGUUGGCUUUACAUGGACAUUUUGUGCUGUUAGUGAUUCGUUUGCAAUAACUGACACAAUGGGCGGGCUUUGCUCGAAGAGAUCCAAUGUUGAUAAUGCUUCCAGUGGAUGCUUUUCACAUGUGCAUGGUUGCGUUAAUAAUGGGUCAGGAUUGGUUUUUCAGUCUCGUGAAAUUAAAAUAAAUAGUAAUGCUGCUCCUUAUACUGUUGGUGGUAAUGUGGAUAAUAAGGAAUUAAGAGAACCCUUUUCGUCUCAAGAGAUGAAUGCAGCUCCAAAUGCAGUAAGCCUUGAUGAUAUCAAUGAUGGAAUUCCUCGCUUGUCAAGGGCCCUAUCUCACAGUUCUAGAUCAACCAAGUCGAAACAGGUUGCAGUAGCAAAGGUUUCAGAAGUAAGUUCACUUCUGGGCAGAGCUGGUACUGCUGGGCUUGGGAAGGCAGUGGAAGUUUUGGACACACUUGGUAGUAGCAUGACGAAUUUGAGUAUCGGUGGUGGUUUUACCUCUGGGUUGGCAAAAGGGAAUAAAAUUUCAAUUUUGGCAUUUGAAGUUGCAAACACAAUUGUUAAGGGUGCUAAUCUAAUGCAAUCCCUAUCAAAGGAGAACAUUAGACAUUUAAAAGAAGUUGUGCUUGUCUCUGAAGGAGUGCAAAAUUUGAUAUCAAGAGAUAUAGAUGAGCUGCUCAGAAUUGCUGCAUCUGAUAAGAGAGAAGAGUUGAAAGUAUUUUCUGGGGAGGUUGUACGUUUUGGAAAUCGUUGUAAGGAUCCGCAAUGGCACAACUUGGAUCGUUAUUUGGAAAAAUUGGGUUCAGAACUUACUACCCAAAAACAGUUGAAAGAUGAAGCAGAGAUGGUGAUGCAGCAAUUGAUGACUUUGGUUCAGCAUACAGCUGAAUUAUAUCAUGAAAUGCAUGCCUUAGACAGAUUUGAACAAGAUUAUCGGCGGAAGGCUCAAGAAGAAGAUAACUCAAAUGCUGCUCAGAAAGGAGACAGCCAUGCUAUUUUGAGAGUGGAGUUAAAGAGUCAAAGGAAGCAUGUACGAAGUUUAAAGAAAAAAUCACUCUGGUCUAAAAUUUUGGAAGAGGUGAUGGAGAAGCUUGUGGACAUUGUCCAUUUCUUGCAUUUGGGGAUCCAUGAAGCCUUUGGAAAUGCUGAUUGUGAUAUGCCUGCAAAAGUAUCUCCGAGCAAUCACAAAAAACUAGGUUCUGCUUGUCUUGCACUGCAUUAUGCAAACAUUAUUUCUCAAAUAGAUACGCUUGUGUCUCGAUCAAGUUCUGUGCCUCCAAAUACAAGAGAUGCUUUAUACCAAGGGCUGCCACCUAAUAUUAAGUUGGCAUUGCGCUCCAAGUUACAGUCAUUCCAGCUUAAAGAAGAGCUUACUGUCACACAAAUCAAAGCUGAGAUGGAAAGAACUUUGCAUUGGCUUGUUCCAAUUGCUGCAAACACAACCAAAGUUCAUCAUGGGUUUGGUUGGGUUGGAGAAUGGGCAAAUACAGGGUCUGAGGUAAAUCAGAAACCUGUGGAUCAGACUGACUUGCUCAGGAUUGAGACAUUACACCAUGCAGAUAAGAGGAAAACUGAAGCUUACAUUUUGGAACUGGUGGUCUGGCUUCACUAUCUAGUGAUCCAAGCAAGGGCUGGCAAUGGUGGAAUUAGGUCUCCUGUAAAAUCUCCAAUUCUGUCUCCAAACCAAAAACUAAUUCACUUAUCCAAGCCCAGCUGCUCCUCACCAAUGUUGUCGAUUGAAGAUCAAGAGAUGCUAUGUGACGUGAGCAAGAGGAAAAAGACGCCUGGAAUUAGCAAGAGCCAGGAAUUUGACACUGCUAGUAACCGGCUAAACAAGCACCAUAGGUUGUGCAAAAGUAGUAGCCACUCGCCAACGAGCGAAAGUAUAAAGGACCCCUUCCCCAUUAGAAGGCCAUCAUCAGUCCCUGUCUUCCGCUUUGACAUCGAUCGCAUCAAAGCCUUGGAUGUCAUCGACCGAGUGGACAGAAUUCGAAGCUUAUAGCAUCUCUUAAGGCUGAUCUGGUAUUUGGGUGAUCUCAGAUAGCCUUUGUGUAUAUGAGAAGUUUGGCGAUUACACAUUGUUGAGAGGGAAUUUAAUUGUUCUAUCAGGCUGUAGUUUUCGGAAGCUUUACUAUCUGUACAGAAUACUUGAUUGUUUAUAAUAAUCUCUAUGAAGUUCAUGUUUGAGAAACCAGCAAGACUUGAAAAGUUCUUUC